CCCGCUUGCCCCCUUCCCCACCAUGCAGCCCCCCGUGGUGGCCGUGACUGACUGCUCGCUCUUCCUGUGCUCUUUCAAGCAAAGCAAGUCGGCCGUGCGGCUGAAGGAGGACGUGAAGAAGCUCGCCGCCGCCGCCGCCGCCGCCCCCCCCUUGAGCCGACGGAGGGCGACCUCGUGGAGGAGGGUCUUCGGCGUUGGGCUGGCGGAGCUGCAGCAGCAGGGGCUGAGCCGGGACGGCGUCCCGACGCUGGUGUGGGAGAUUGUCGAGUACCUGACCCGGCACGGGCUGGCAUCAGAAGGUCUUUUCAGGGUGAAUGGUAACCUGAAAACCGUGGAGCACCUGCGAGCGAAGUACGAGAACGGCGAGGCCGUGGAGCUGCCUGCAGAGGGCGACGUGAGCUCAGCCGCCAGCUUGCUGAAGUUAUUUCUAAGGGAGCUGCCAGAUGGAGUGAUCACUUCGGCUCUGCAUCCCAAAUUCAUACAGCUGUAUCAAGACAAGCAAAAUGCUGGCCAGAACACGAGCGCUUUGAGAGAGCUCCUGAGUCAACUUCCUGAGGCCCACUAUAGCCUCCUGAAGUACCUUUGCCAGUUCCUGAGGAGAGUUGCUGAGCACCACACUGAGAACAGGAUGACUGUUUCCAACCUUGCAACAGUUUUUGGACCAAACUGUUUUCAUGUAUCUUCUGGGUUUGAUGGUAUGAAGGAGCAGGAAAUCUGCAACAAAAUCAUGGCCCAGAUGCUGGAAGACUAUACCACGUUGUUUGAGUGGCAGCUCACAAAGGAGGAGACAGAAAAGCACCCAUGUGAGGAAUUAGCAAAAAUUAUAUUGGUGAAAUUCUGUCGUGCUUGCUGUAAAGGCUGGAAUCUCAAGUAUGUCGAUUACUCUGCAGCACAGGACUUCAGACAGAUUGCAUUCACCCCCAUUAUCAAAAACGAGAUGAGCGCAUCUAUCGAGCUCGAUAUGAGCGAUGGAGAGGGGAAUACUAUCCCUGAUGGGACUGAACCAGACAAGGAGGAGACCCCCCCGGAAACCUCAGCGUCGGUGCCGGUGACAACAACGCCACCGGUGUACAUGCCCGUGGGGGGGGCUAUCCCAAAGAAGAGCACGGCUACACUGUUCCUGACUCCGAAGGACUUGGCAUAUCCGCCGAGGCAUGAGGGCCGAACUAGCUGGAACCAGGUCGAUGCGGAGGCUGUGCGGGAAUCGUACUCACAUUUGGGAGAGAGCCUGAGGGACAGCCUGCAUGACAGGGCCGGGGAUGGCAGCCCCGGGAGCCCAAGCCGAGCUGUUCCUACCCUCGUGGGUGACCAACCGGUCAAAGACCAGAAGCGGCCGGGUGUCCCCAGAGGAGGGGAUAUUGGAACAACUCGAGACGACUGA